UGCAGGAGGAUUACUGGUCCUAUUAGGCGAGCAAAGGGUGGUUGGACUCCACGGGAGGACGAUACAUUGAGGAAUAAUGCAGUUGCAAAGUUUAAGGGGAAGAACUGGAAGAAAAUAGCUCAAUAUUUUCCAGAUAUAUCAGAAGUACAAUGUCUACAUUGGUGGCAGAAGUUUCUAAAUCCAGAACUGUAUGAAGCUUCUAAACCCAGAUCUAAUUCAAACAACGGGUUUACAUGCACUUGGUCUUCCAGUCGAUAG